GAUGGAUCUGCUUACCGCUGAGACAUUCAGACAGUUUGGUCAGGCUGUAAAAAAACCACUCAGCUUGUCGGACUUCAAGGAGGCUUUCAUCCAGGGCAUGGAGUUUGAUGACAUCUAUCCCGAUAGGGAUGAGGAGGACAAGGAGGUCUACUGCGAGGUGCCACAGGUGUUGCAGAAGAUGACCAUUCCGGGCAUGAAGCCUCUCGACGAAUGUGUGCGCCUAAAAAAGUGCAUUUAUGGUCAGAAGGACGCGCCGCGUGGAUGGGAGCUGCAACUCUUUCUAGUGUGUACUCGCAUUGGGCUCACGCAGUCGCUUAUUGAUCCAGCACUAUUCGUCUACUACCCGACUGAGAACGAGCAGAAAGCAAUCACUGCUGGGCCAGCGUGUGAGGAGGCGUACUAUCGGGAGAAGCUAGCACUGAUGCGAAAAAUUCCAGCAGUUUGCGUUGCCGAGCGUGUUCGCAUUCUUGACGACGGGCAGACAGCAGGUAGAGUCAAGCAGCUCCAGCAGGCCGAGGAUCCGCAAUUCCUCAACCAAGCCACAGUGCGGAUUGGUCGUGAGCUUUUCCAUCAUGUUCAGCGCCCGGAGACGCCGAUUGGCGCAAUGGCAGUUCACGUCGACGACACAGUUUCAAGUGGAUGGCUAAUUUUCUAUUUGCGGCUUGCUGUGCUUUUUGAACGUUUUACAUUGUCAUCAUGGACUGUUUUGGAACCUGGGCGGCGUGAUGCCUUUGUUGGCAGAGAAGUAGUAGCUCGGCCUCUUGUCUUUGACCAGCUUGCGCUGGUGAAGGAGAUGGCGCAGACACAAGCACAACGUGAAGAGCAAGACUUCCAGCCACCAGCAGAAUGCUUCAUAGCGCCAAGCACCGAAGAAGUGGAGCAUGCUGAGCAGGUAACUGGCGUCAGGGCAGACGUCGUGGUGGAAGAUUAUCCAGCAGCUGAGCAGCGCAAAUUCGACGCAGCACUAGUGCCGGAGCUCAAUAAGCUCGUAGUGCCGGUCGUUUAUCUCUUCACGCAGGAGACCUACGCCUCCAAGAUGCAGCUGGUAACGCGCGAGGAUGUAGCAAAGUUUAUGGAAUGUCGUGCAGCAACAAGCAGCAAGUUCAUCCUCAAACAGCUGCGCAACCCGUUCCGCGGGCCCGUGGGUGAGGUGGCAUGGCUGCAAAAGUGCAACGCAGUAAUUCUUCAAACUUUUUCAGAUCUGGCAAGCAUAGUGCACCUGGUCGAGCAGGAGACUAGUCCUGACAGUCCUCUGGUCGCCUCGUUCUUAGUGGAUGUCAACAACCUCAUCCGCCUCGCACGAACACCAGGCUGGAGCACACGACGCAUUUUUCGCUUGGGGGACCUUGGCGAGCAUGUUCCGCUUGGUUGUGGUGACGCGGCACAACGGCGAGCAGCUGGGGGGACACACCUUUUCGGCCCGGAGUCCUCGCGCGUAACAACAGUCUCAACAUUCAGCAAGCUACCGAAGCGCGUUUUCUCGUCGUCCACUGCUGUUGAAGUUCUGGCUCAGCGAAUGCUGGCAUCCGAGAUGAUUUAUCUUACCACGCUGCUGCUCGAUCUUCACCUUACCACGACAGCGACGCCGAUGAUCCAGCUGACUGAUGCGCAGAACGCCUUAGGCGAGCCGCAUGAGCGCAACAUCAGACCGGACUGGGAGAGCGUGCAGCAGCUGGUCGAGCAGAGACUACUGAUCCUUCGGCAUAUUCCUGGGCGUCUCAACUUCGUCGACGCUCUGACGAAGCUACUUCGUGAUAGCAAGCCGCUGGCCUUGUGGAUGGCGGUAAACAGGGGCGUGAUCGACCGAAGGAUCCUAGAACUUUUGCGCGGCCUGGUCUGAAAAAAGAAAGGAGCAGUGUUGAAAAACAUGCAGCAGACCAGGCGCUAGCACAGGCGAAGAACUGGCAGAAGAUACCCCAUGGCCUGAAGUUUUUCCCGUGGGGCAGAUCCCCGCUGAGGCUCUGAAGUAGCCACUUGAAAACUCAGGCAGUAGGCCGUUAGCCAGUUAUCUUUCCCCACUAGAAGCCUUGCGGUCGUGGCUGUAUCGACCAGCCAGGCCGACCCUGGUCCCACUGUGGCCACCUUGCAAGCAGAGCAUUUACGUAGCUUUUCUCCGACUUUACAAGUACAAAGUUGACCCCGUUCGCAAGCCCUUAAAAAAGACGACCGAAAAAAGUAGGGUAUAUUUUCGGUCGAUAUUUUCACUCAGUAUCUAUUUCCGGUCCUAUAUUUUUACUCAGUAUCUAUUUCUGGCCCCGAUCUUGGAUGGAGUAUACUCCUCUGUAGUCAAGAAUUGAGUGCUACCCCCCCCCAGAAGAGUAGGAAAAAACCUCUUCUAGUGGGCCGAAAGUCCGUGAUUUGUUCGUGCUCUUCUCUUGCCCGUGAAUGACAAGAAGCCCCCGGUGCUUUUGGCGUCAACAAUGACGAGCGAAAUAGAAGAACAUGCACCAAAAAUCAUCUUUCUUGCUGUUAGUUUGAGGCAUAGGGCCUGAGAGGAGG